AAAAACAAAGCCCCACAACCUUCUUUGCUUCUUCUGUUUCUCUCGGAUCCCUCGACAGCAAGAGGAGAUAGAGACAGGUCCAUCUUCAUCUUUCCUUCCACCCAAGAAAUAUCAAAGGAAGAAAAAAGAAAAGAAAAAAAGAUAAACUAUGGUAGAAAAAGCUUCUCCAUCUCCCCUAAGCUUCUUUCUCGCUCUUCUAUUCAUGGCGCUAUCUACUUUCCUACCAACACCAUCACCAUCCCAAAAUCACCAUCACCACCCACCUCCCAAACGCAAGAGAAAGCAACAACCGAAGCCACCCUCUUCAUGGGAGCAGAUCAAGAGCAUCCUCACCUGCAAGCAGACCCAAGCCUCCGAAGUCCACGACCCUUCCAAGAACGUCGGCUAUUCCAAGCUCAGCUCCUCCUGCAAUUCUAUCUGCAGCUUCAGAGAUGUCGUUCAUGGAAACACCAGAGUCACCCAUAGAGAUGAGAACUCCCCUGAAAGUAGCAACGUCGGGCAGGAAACGGGACUUCUGCGGAGAAACACUGCAAGUGUUGGGUCGAACCGGUCCACAUGUUCAGUUGUCCGAUCAAGCGGGCCAUAUUCAUCAUCGUCUUCAUCGAGAGGAAUGCAAUUGAGGAAGCUUUCUGGGUGCUACGAAUGCCAUAUGAUUGUUGAUCCCAGCAGGUACCCAUCAGCAAGGACAAACAUCUGCGCUUGCUCGGAGUGUGGAGAGGUUUUUAGUAAGACUGAAAGCUUAGAAAGUCAUCAAGCAGUUAGGCAUGCAGUUUCGGAGCUGGGCCAAGAGGAUUCCGGACGGAACAUCGUGGAGAUAAUCUUCAAAUCCAGCUGGCAGAAGACGGACAGCCCCAUCUGCAAGAUCGAACGGAUAUUAAAGGUCCACAACACCCAGCGGACCCUCGCCCGCUUCGAGGACUACCGCCAUUCUGUUAAGUCCCGCGCUUCCACCAACACCCACAACCGCUGCGCCGCUGACGGUAACGAGCUCCUCCGCUUCCACUGCACCACACUAACGUGCGCACUCGGAGCACGCGGGUCCUCCACCCUCUGCGGGUCCGUCCCAGGCUGCUGCGGUGUAUGCACCAUCAUCCGCCACGGGUUCCCAGGCGGGAAGGGUGUGCGCACUACCGCCAGCAGUGGUAGAGCCCACGACAGCUUGCGCGUAGGGUUGGAAGAAGGGAAAAGAGCAAUGCUGGUGUGUCGGGUCAUAGCUGGAAGGGUGAGCCGUGGAGACCUGAUGGCUGGGGAUGAUGAGAGCGUGUCGGCCGCUACGUACGAUUCGGUGGCCAGUCAUGCCGGGAUUUACUCAAAUCUCGAGGAUCUCACCGUAUUCAAUCCGAGGGCUAUCCUUCCUUGUUUCGUAGUCAUCUACAAAGCAUCAGAUUAACUUUUUCUUUUUUAAUGCAAUGGUCUCACGUCCAAUUAAUUGAACCGCAGGUUACUUUACCUCUCAGUGGAUAACUUCCAAUCUUUCAUGUUUUUGGAAAAUCCAAUCCGUCCAAUAGCUUGGCCCCACCAUGAUGAUCAUUUUCUCUAAAAAUAUUCCCAUCAAUUCAUCAGAUGGGUCACACCAGAGAAAACAAAAUAUGGCCGCCUAUAAAUAGAAAAGUUCAAGUGUGGUCCACUUGAUGAGUGGAUGUGUUGAUUUUUUAGAGAAAGUGAUUAUUCUUAUGGCGCAAAAAUAUUGGAUGGGUUGGAUUUUCUUCUUACAUGAAAAGUUGGAAGUUAUUUAUUGCUGGAUGGUUAGUUGUGGUGCAACCGGUUGAGCUUGAGACCAUCUCUUUUCUAA